AUGUCCGCCUAUACCGUGUCAAGUCUAGCGUUGAAUGAGAUAGUAGAGCUUCUUUCCGUGUAUUCGAGAUCGAAUACAACGGAGGACUAUGUCGCGCUCCUUGACGGGGUAGGAUAUGUGGUAUUAAAACUCAAAGAGGAAUUAAGGCGGAAACAACAGCACCGGAAGAAGAAAAACAAGAAGGCCCAGUCCAGUCGUACGGCUGCCAACGCCCCGUGGCAGGGAUUGCCGAAUGUAGCGACAAUUUCCUUAGCCGACCUACCAUCUUCGACGUUGCGCUCACAUUUGAAGCCUGGACUGGUUGAAUCAGCAGAUGCCGAGCACCCGUCCGAUUCGAACCUGAGACUCGAUGUGAUUGUUCGGCCAUCGGGACCUGAUCGACGGUCUGAAGCGACCACAAUCGAUUGUGAGAGCUCCAACCCGAAAACUGACGCCGGGCUGGCCAAGGAGGAUGUUGGAGCGGCAACCAGAGAUAAGCUGAAGCAAGAGAUCGAACACUGCAAGAAUUACUAUCGCGGCAAAAACUUUGUUGUCCAUAGUGAUGAACGCUCAGAGACCGUCUACCCCAAUGAAAUCAAUCGUUUCUUCUCCCAUUUCCAAGAGGGAGAGUGGCUUACUAAUUUCAAUGUGAUGCCCUUGAUAUUCUCUUUCAGUUGGCCGGCAAUGACUUUGGUGCUGCACAGCUCCUAUACAUCGUUUGCUGCCUCGAAGAACACCAAUCAGCAAUCCACACCCAGGGUGCGGUGGCCCCUAGAAAGCAGUCAUGAUCGCGUCAUCCUUCCCUGCUGCUUUCAAAACCAUUGGACGUUGUUUGAUGUGGACCUCAAGCGUAGUUUCAUCCGACAAUACGAUUCUCUCGCCGGAGACGUCGCAAAGUCAGCGGGAGUGGUGUCCGCCAUCAAGGAGCGAUUGACGAACGCCAUGGAGGGUUGGCAGAGCCCAAAACAGGACCUCGCUACAGGCAAUGGGGCAUCUCAACAGCAAGGGAACGAUUCUGAUUGUGGAAUUUACAUGGUAUACAAUGCAGAUUGUCUCGCCUCCCAUCGAGACCCCCUAGAGGAGCAGAUAGACGGUGCUCAACUUCGACACCACUAUCUUGAACGUCUCCUCGAAUUAGAACGUCAGGGGAGGAGUGAGCGGCAGAUGGUGGAGAUGGUCCUACCUCCAAACAAGACACUCAGGAUCAAACGGCGCCGUGUGCCUGAAGACAUGCCAGACGAUGAGCCAGGCCAGAACAAAAGAGGAGCUAAGAGAAGUCGCAGAGCGGACUGGGUGCCCCCAUCGCAUUUGGGUCCCCGAGCCGCAUGGAUUGAGGAGCGGAGCAACCUCGCCGCUAUUAUCUCUGGGCACGGGUAUGGAAAAAUCAUGCCAAAACACUGGGAACGAGCGGAGGAACUGCUCCAGAUGAUCGAAGCGAUCGGAUGUGAGGAAGUCAUGACUGUUUGGAACGAAGCAGUUGCCCAAGCGAAAAGCCUCGUCAACCGACAGGCACCGAAAACAGAUUCGACGGCUAAAACAAUCUGUCAACUUGUCGAGCGGGCCCAGGUCAGAUCGUUCCAAGAUAAGGUAGUUUUGCGCAUUGGAAAGUGGGUUUUUUCAAUGAAGAUCUUGCAAGAUGUUGAAGGUUUCAGGGAAGAAGGUGCACCGUCGAAGCAAAGUGGUCUCAAACCUGAAACCGAUGGCAAAGGAAACGCAGUGACAAGGGCACUUACCAAGUUCAUCAAAGAAGCUCACCCUGAGCUUCAAGGCCCUACUCUGGCGAAGGAGUGGGAGACAAGAUAUCUCAGGUAUCGAGACUGGUGGUGGGAGAGCCGGAUAUGGAUCCUUUUGUACAAUGCAUUUGGAGCUGCGGUUCUAUUGCUCAUCCCGGGAAACCAUCGCACCAGGAGAGGAUCUUCAGUCUCCAACAAACAAUAUGUGCGGAUCAAGUCCACUGAGCGUAAACCAUUCAUCAAAGCCCUGCAGAAACUUCGACCAGACUUGAAGAAGACCGUUUCCGAGCUGGAAGAUCAGCUUCAGAUUCUCAAAGACGACAUCAUAGACCUACUGGGACGACUUCCGCAGACAGAUAUAUCUCCAGAGUCAAAAUCUGGACUGGAGAACGGCGAAGCAUCCACAAUGAAAGAUGACAAAGCCAGCCCGAACGUACCAGGCGCAAUCCAGCGCUUGACCUGA